UUCAGACCGGACGGUACGCCGCUGAACGAAGGAGGAGCACCGUCAUCCCUGUCAGCUUUGCAGUUUCUUCACUUUGUUUACAGUGUCAAGUGGACGGUUGGGACCCCUGGGUGCUUUCUGGACAACAUUAAGUCUCUGAAGAACUAGUGGAAUUUAACCGCUGGAGCACAGAGGAGGUUUGGAGGAUGAACCCCCAGUGUGCCCGCUGUGGGAAGAUCGUCUACCCGACGGAGAAAGUCAGCUGCCUGGACAAGAACUGGCACAAAGGAUGUUUCCACUGCGAGGUUUGCAAGAUGACCCUGAACAUGAAGAACUACAAAGGCUACGACAAGAAACCCUACUGCAAUGCACAUUACCCCAAGACAUCGUUCACCAUCGUGGCCGACACACCGGAGAACCUGAGACUGAGGCAGCAGAGCGAGCUGCAGAGCCAGGUGAAGUACAAGAAGGACUUUGAGGAGAGUAAAGGUCGAGGGUUCAGCAUCGUGUCCGACACUCCAGAGAUGCAAAGACUCAGAAGGACUCAGGAGCAGAUCAGUAACGCCAAGUACCACGAGGACUUUGAGCGGGCGCGCGGUCGAGGCGGCACGCCGGGACUGGACGACCACAGCAUGGAGCGUUACCAGCGAGCCAAUCAGAUGAUAGGAGAGGCGGGCUACAGCAAAGGGAUCCACUCCCAGUCGAUGGAGAUGGACAGACGACCAGGAGGCAUCAUUGUAGACCUGAAGGUGUGGAGGACAGACCCAGGCUCCAUAUUUGACUUUGACCCUCUGGAGGACAACAUCCAGUCCAAGAGCCUCCGCAGGAUGUCUGAGCGGGCCGACCGCCGGCUGAGCAGGCAGCACUCCCAGCAGUCUCUGACCCACAGCCAGGCUCAGUCUGUUAGCUCGCUGACCUCUGACCUCUGGGACCGCAGCAGCACCGAAACGCCUGCUCCCGUCCUUCCAGGAGCGUACCAUCAGGGCGUUCAGAUGCAGCAGCAGCAGCAGUUCCACGGCUACAUGCACCAAACCAGCAUGUCGUCUGUCAGAUCCGUCACCUCCCCGUCCAACUCAGCCACCAUGCGUGUCUAUCGGGCGCUGUACGACUACGCCGCUCAGGACCACGACGAGGUCUCGUUCAGGGACGGCGACGUCAUCAUUAACGCUCAGCCCAUCGACGAGGGCUGGAUGUACGGCACCGUGCAGAGAACCGGCAAGUCCGGCAUGCUGCCGGCAAACUACGUGGAGAGCUGCAACUGAAGGAGGGAGCAGGGAGCGGAGGGAGGGAGCGGAGAUGGAGGUCAGGCAGGGUUAACGUUUAAAAAAUCAGACGUCGCUGAUGUUCUUUGUAUUUCCAGGUUGUUUGUUGGUGUUUGUUUCUUCUUCCUGUGGAAAACUGGACAAAUAGUUUAAAGGAGGAAAGAAUUCACACUUCAAUAGUCAGAGUCAAGUUUUGGUGUCAAUCAUUGAGCAUCAAAAAGACCAGAAUGCAACGCAGCUACAAGACAAGCUUGUUUUCUGGAGCGUUACUGAAAGGCAUUCUGGGAAACGUAGGCAAGGGGAUGUAGAUUCACCCAAACAUGUCGAUUCUUCACCAGAAAAGAACAGGUGGAAUACAGUGAACAUCAGAGAGCGCUGAUAUCAGGUAACAGAGGAGGAGGAGGAGGGAGAAAUCCAGCAUGCUGUCGAUAAGUUACGUCACAUUUUACUCGAGGAGAGAAUGACAGAAGAAGGAUGCAUGAAGAGAGGAGGUAUGGAAGAUUAGAAACAUCUCUUUUUUUUACUAUAACAGGAGGAAAGAAGCGACGGAGGAGUGCAGGAAAAGAUCCUUCAGUUUUCUAAACAGAGGAAGUAAAAUAAUUAAUACAGUUCAAACCAUUUCAGUCUGAUUAAGUUCAAAAGAACAAGUCUAGUGAUAUUUGAUUUUUUGAAUUUGUCAAUAGAAAAUAAAAAGACCAAAACUAACACGUAUCACCUGAUGUGUCUGAUUCCUCGGAGCCACAGAACUCCACUGUUCAAUAACUAUUAAAACACACUGUUGCCCCGGGAGACAAGUUCCUUCAUCACCAUGGACACACACACUGUAGUUUAUUCAG